AUGACCUUCAAUCCAACGAUCGUAAAGACACCCAUCACACCUCCCACCGCCACCAGUGAAUCGAAUCAGUCUCUGAUGACCGAGGACGCCACCGUCAGCAAAAGUGUGGAAAUGGUUCGACCCUUCCUCAAGGGCAUUGAAGACAACUCGGUGCUCAUCGACAUUACAGGUUUGCCUAAUCAACAGCUCUUACGAGAGGCUCUGCAAGCAUUCAACAAAGAUGCUCAUCUCAGAAAAGGCUACAACGAUUAUAUCGGCAAAGUAUCUCGCACUCGCAAGUAUAUGAAUCGAGAGAUCAUGGAAACAUGUUGGAUCCACGACAGCCCUGGCCACAUCGCAAUCCUGCAGGGCUUCAAUCUGACGGAUGAAGCCUUUGUCAAGGGUUUCCCCUCUCUUCCAGCUAAUGAUACUAUAGUUAAUGUUCGUUUAGACAGACUACCCAUGGAGCCAGUUCCUGUCCUGAAAUCUUUGAUCAAAGAUAGACUGUCACAUUUUGGAGAAGUCUUGGGCUAUGGCAUCUCCUUCACUCAGGGCGACUACGUCGGACAAGGCUAUGCCACUCUGAACAUCACCCCCAAGCCAGACGAACCUGCGUAUGAAAUCUUGGAUCGAAUUAUCUACUUCAGAUUGGAUAAUGGCACCAACCGUCAGGUCCUUCUCAAAUGGCAAGAUAUGCCAGAUUUUUGUCGUCUCUGUCAAAAACCGGAUCAUUGCAAAGCCGAUUGUCCUGAUGCCAAGAGGAUAACACUGACACCCCCCAACAAGAAGCCCACUACGAUCUCCAGGAAAGAUCGCAAGGUACCUACUCCCAUCAUUCCCCGAGAGCCCAACCCUCCCAUUGGCCCUAGAGUGGUAGUAGUCAAGACCCAGGAAACCACAGACACUGAGUCAGUCAAGAAGCAACAAGCCUGA